AUGAGCACGAACGGCAACGGUGAGGUCGACGUCAAUGUUGAUCGAAGCGACUGCUUUGAGCGAACAGAAGCGCUAGAUAAACCCCCUCGGGCACUGCUGACAGCGCUGACAAAGCUCCAAACCCAUCAUGACCUGCAUGGAGCGCAGACCUCUAGUUACUUGGAAGGAACGGCCGCAAGAUACCCACGGUUAGCGUCCAAGUAUCUAAGGCAUACAUCUUUCAAAGAUAUUCUCUUCCCCCCAGACGUCACUCAUGUAAAGAGGCCUUUGACAGAUUAUGCGAACAAUGAUGAUGCCGAGGAGGAUGCCGAAGAGGACUGCCGCUUCUGUGACAUGGAGAAGCCGGUAGCAAGGAAACCGAGAGAUAUGCGUGUGCAUUAUAGACUAAUUGCGACCGGCAACCAAGCUAUCAAGACUGGCCCGUUCCGAGAUAAACUCAAAAACGAUCUCGAAGAUGAACUUCUCUGUUUUGAGAUGGAAGCAGCUGGACUUUUGCAUCACUUCCCGUGCAUGACUCACAAAAAUAAGCGAUGGCAAGAGCACGCCGCUGCUGUUGCAGCCGCUUUUGCCAAAGAGCUCUUAGAAUUUGUGCGGUCGCAGGACAUCGCUGCCGAGCGUGCGGUGAAGGACGUCCUUCAUGACAUCCUUGACAACACGUCAACGAUUAAGGACGCGACCACACAGGUGACAACGAAGCUUCACAAAGAUGAAGACAUUGAGGUCCUCAACUGGGUAUCAGCGGCUGAAUACAACUUGGAGCUUUCGAGCUUCCUCCACGAUCGACAACCGGAAACUGACGAAUGGUUUUUGAACUUACCCGAGUAUCAGGCUUGGCUACAGUCCAAACAACAGACUUCAUUUUGUCCUGGUAUUCCCGGUGCCGGAAAGACAGUCAUCACAGCAAUGGUAAUUCAUGAUUUGAACGCUCGAUACCACAAAGGUCCGAGUAUUGGGAUUGCUUACAUUUGCUGCAACUCUAAGAAGCAGCAGCAUAUUCAGAAGCCCGACGGUCUACUCGCAAGCUUGCUGAAGCAGCUAAGCCAGAAUAGAUAUGUUUUGCCAGAGGCCGUCAAGACUCUCUAUGAAGUUCACGCGCUGGGAAAAUCACGCCCAUCUGCUCAGGAGCUGUCGGCAGCACUUCGGUCUGUCGUUUCUAUUCAUUCGAGAGUUUUCUUGGUCGUUGUUUCACUGAAUGAAUGUGAUGUAUCCAAUGGCCACCGAACGAGGUUUAUAAACGAGCUCCUCGAGCUUGGGACAAAUCACGGGGUGAACGUACUUGCAACCUCAAGAUAUAUACCACAGAUCACGGAGACAUUUCGCGGAAGGCCAAACCUCGAGAUCUAUGCACAUGAAGAUGAUAUACUCAAAUUUGUGGAAGGGCAAAGGUUCCGUUUCCCAGACUUGGUGAGCAGCGACAACCAACUACUACGCGAAAUCCAUGGCAGAAUUGUGGAUUCUGUACAGGGAAUGUUCCUUCUCGCUCGACUAUAUGUGGACUCGCUAGUGGGAAAGAUAUCACCGACCGACAUGCGGAAUGCUCUACUGAUGUUACCGACUGGCUCUGAUGCGUACGACUAUGCUUAUGACGCCACGAUGGAACGCAUCUGUGGGCAGGUUGCCGACCACGGAACCUUGGCACUGAAUACUUUGCUAUGGGUUACGUGCUCAAUGAGGCCUUUGACGGUUCCUGAACUCCAGCAUGCACUUGCUGUAGAACUCGGGAAAGUUGAGCUUGACCUGGGCAAGCUCUCACCAAUCAAAAUCAUAACCUCUGUCUGUGCUGGACCAGUAAUCGUUGAUGAAAACACUAGCAUUGUUCGCCUAGUCUAUUAUACAGCGCAAGAGUACUUCGAACGGACUCAGGGGCAAUGGUUUCCUGGGGUGGAAUCGAUUAUCACUUCGAUUUGUACUACCUAUCUAUCAUUCAGCGUCUUUGGUAAAGGGCCUUGCAUUACCGAGGCUGAAUUCGACGACCAACUGAUCUCAUAUCCGCUCUAUUGCUAUGCUUCAAACAAUUGGGGCCAUCACGCUCGCUAUUCUACAGCUCUCGAUCCCGGGGUCUUAGAAUUCCUGUUUAAAGCGGCUCAAGUCGAGGCUUCAACCCAAAUAUUGACGAUGGACAAGGUCUAUAUUGAGCGAGAUCUUUCUAGAUACAGUCAAUACUAUGUUCGGCAAAUGACGGGUCUUCACGUUGCUGCGUAUUUUGGACUUGAACAGCUUGUUGGCGACCUUCUUCGCAGAGAGGUGAGAACCAAUGCGAAGGACUGCCGUGGUGGAACACCGCUCUGGUGGGCCGCCAAGAGAGGACACAAAGGGAGUGGUCGAACUAUUGCUCAAAAGCUCUGA